UUGUUUUCUAUAGCUAUAGCAUGUUGCUGCUGAGUAUAUCAACGAUAAUUGCUGUGAGCGUACUCUACCUCUCCACAACCAAGCAUAAAGGUCAUUUACCUUAUUUUAUUAAGACAGUGAUUAAUGGACCAUUGAGCAAAGUACUCCUUUUAGAAAAUUUUACGUUGGAAGCUGAUUUUGAUAUAACCAUGAAUAAUGGCACAAAAAUGUUGGUAGAGCAUCAAUAUAGAAACCCUGAUGGUAUAACCGAUGCAGCAGGAAUAAAUGCGGCUACGUCAUCAUCUUCUAAUCGAUUUUUUCAGUUUGAAUGGAUCCUGCUGGCGUCAGCAAUAGAUCGUAUUGCUUUUCUUUGUUAUUGUUUAAUAUUCAUGGUCCUAGCAAUUUUGUACGCUAUAUAAGAUAAAGGCAUUUCAAUUUCGAAUACCAGAUUUAUUUUAAAUACAUCUGUAUAAAUCAUAUAUAUCUCUUAUUUACACAAGUAUGUAUUUAGUUUAAUUUAAAAAUAAAGUAAAUUGAUUGUUUAAAACUAAAUUAUGAAUCUGGUCGAAUCGUGACAGACGUGAACGAGUUGCACCGACCAC